UCUUAACCUGAAAUUUUCGUGCCUCCACCCCCCUCCCUGUCUCUCCUCUCGCUCGCCCCUCUCGCCCACCGUUUCCUCCUCUGUUUUUGGUCUUUGCCCUGUGAAUUUACGGUCCUGCCCCGGGUGGGCCCCACCGCCGGCCUUUCUCUUUAUCUGUUUUUUUUUUCGCCCGAGACCAUCUGCCUCCCCUUGUUUUGGUUUGCCUUUUUUUUCCUCGUCCGCAGCCACAAGAGAGAGAGUGGGAGAGAGAAAAGAAAACUCUCUUUCUCUCCGUCUUCUUUUUUUCCCGACGGCUCGGCUCCCUGCUGACGUGGCUAGGGACGAAGUGGAGCCGUCGAUAUGUCGCUCAGCGAGAAGCUGGAGGCGGCGCGUGUCGCUCUCGGCAAGCGCAAGGAGCGCGAGCGCGAGCUGCAGGCGGCGCAGGCGCAGGCCCCCGUGCCGGCUAAAGCUGAGCCGGGGAAGCUGGCUCCGGCUGGCCCCGCCGGCGGCGGCAACAAGCUGCUGGCCGGCCACCUGGCCCACGAGUUCCUCGCCCACGGCACGCUCCUGGGGCGACGGAUCGAGCCGAGCCGCGCUGGACCGGCUCCGACUCCCGCGGCGCGGGGCGAGCCGGACCCGAAGAGGAGGUACACCGAGGUGUCCUGGCUGCUGAUGACCAGCGGGGCCCACAUCCCCGGCGUUGUCAACCCGACGCAGCUUGGCCGCUGGCUGCAGAUUAAGGACUGACCGGCGGGACAGGUGGUUCGGCGCCAUUGGCCAGGAGCCGCCGAUCGACGGCGACCCGCGAGGCUUUUCUUCCGACCUGCAGCUGCUGCAAGAGACAUCAUCAUCAAGUGGUUUCGCCAUUCCCGCCUCCUCUGCUAUGUGCUCUCCUUUUUUUCUCACUUACAUUAGAUUCUCUAGAUCUAGCGAGAUCGAUGAAAACCUCCGCCGUGUGCUAGAUUUUGUUUGACGCAUCGUUACAUUUACAUUGCAUACUGUUUUAAAUUUCCGUAGUGUAUCGUGUAUCC